AUGGACAAUGAUAAGGGAAAAGCGACAUGGGAUCCUUACACGACAAAGAUUCUAAUCGAUGUUUGUGCCGAGCAAAUAGUGCACAAGGAACGACAAGGAACAUCAUUUACAAGGCCUGGUUGGGGAAAAAUUGAAAAGAACUUUCAAGAAAGGAGCGGGAGAAUGUAUGAUAGAAGGCAAUUGAAGAAUAGAUUUGAUAUAUUGCGAAAAGAUUGGAAAUUGUGGGAUAAACUGAUGUCUGGAGAGACUGGGAUUGGUUAUGAUGUAGCCACAAAUAGGAUUUUGGCCUCCGAUGAGUGGUGGCAACGAAAAUUACUGGUUGACCCUAAUUUCAAGAAAUUUAGAUAUCAGGGGUUGAUGUUUGCAUCAGAGCUGCAGAAAAUAUUCAAAGAUGUUGUGGCUUCGGGAGAGUAUAUGUAUGCACCAUCAGCCUCACAGCCCCAGUCGACACCUGUGACACAGGCUGGUACAGAAGAGGAGGAGGAUGUUUAUAGAGUUGGCCUGGACCAACAGGAAGGGUCAGGGGACAGUGAAGAUGAAAAUUUUGGAGUUGACCCAACAGCCAAUGCAGGAUUCACCGAUGACUUUGCCGGUUGCAACUUAAACACCCCUGCGAGUACUGGACCAAGUGGCUCAGGAAGCUAUGGAAAGAGGAAGAGGGCUGCUUCUGACAAGCGAGCAGCAGCACUGGUUGAAGAUCCCCAAGUAGUUGACAAGGUUUUAGCACACCUGACUACCGUUGAGGAGCUUAAUGAUGACAAUCAACUAUAUUAUGCAUGUGCCAAGAUGCUUACGCGGUUGAGGUGGGCUAGGCGAGCCUAUUUGGGGUUUAUGCAUGAUAGAAGGAAGUUGUUGGCGUGGUUAAUACCGGCAGCACAAGAUCCAGACACAUGGAAGUAG